CCUAAUGUAGUCUUCCCUUGCAGGUGCUCUAGCCCCACUAGGCUAGAGCUGCCUUAUAUGUUGGCACUGCGCCAGCGUAGUUAGGAAUUAAGCUUUCUUUCCUCCUUCUCUUUUCCCGUUUCUUGGUUGCAGUUUAGCUGCAACAUCUUCCGAAGCAUAACUCAUAGAGCUAUUACCACAGCAUCUACAGAAACGAUUCCCUACGCCGAUCUUUACUUCCACGUUGUAACCUAGUGUUCGCCAAUGCUACCAAGAGGCUCAAUUAGCAGGACCCUGGCCAUGCGGCUCGGAGACUUCCGUAUUUCCUGAUUAGGAACUAUACAAGUUGGGGAAACGAAGUCACAACACAUUGGUAGCAAAAUGAAUAAGAACGUAGCUCGGUAUGCUCGACCUGAGGAACAUGUUCUCCCUAAAGAUGUGUUAAUAUUCCACUUAAUACCUGUUUGAGGAAAUACCUAAAUGACCAAGUUGAUCAUAAUGGCCUUCGCGGUAUCCCGCCUUCUCUCACUCGUCCUGCUCAUGGGCAUAGCACAAGCUAACCCCCUUUUCAACAAUCUGCAUCGAGGAGCCCCCGAGGGUUUCGUCACAGUGAAAGGGGACAAGUUUCAACUUGACGGGAAAGAUUUCAAUUUUGCUGGAAGCAAUGCAUACUACUUCCCAUUCGAUAGCAACGCGACAGACGUGGAACUUGGGCUCGCUGCCGCCAAAGAUGCCGGGUUAAAAGUCUUCCGCACGUGGGGUUUCAACGACAAGAACGUCACAUACGACCCUCAAGGUCUCCCUCAGUAUGGCGGCGAGGGUGCAGGGGCGACAAACGCGGUAUUCCAGCAAUGGGAGAAUGGUGUUUCCACUAUCGACCUAACCGAGUUUGACAAGGUGGUAGAUGCGGCGACGAGGGUCGGCAUUAAGCUUAUCGUCGCGUUCACUAACAAUUGGGCCGAUUAUGGCGGGAUGGACGUUUACACCAUUAACCUCGGUGGGAAGUACCACGACGAUUUCUACCGCCUACCAACGAUCAAGGACGCCUUCAAGCAGUACAUCGAGCAAUUCAUCACGCGGUACCGCGACUCCCCCACCAUCAUGGCCUGGGAGCUGGCAAACGAGCCGCGCUGCGGCGCCGACAGCGUGCGCAAUCUCCCCGUCAGCGGCACCUGCACAACCUCAACCCUAACCUCCUGGAUCGACGAAAUGAGCACCUUCGUAAAGAGCCUCGACCCGGACCACCUCGUCACGUGGGGCGGCGAGGGCGGCUUCAACCGGGCGUCGGACGACUGGGCGUACAACGGCGCGGACGGCGGGGACUUCGACGCGAACAUCGCGCUGCCGAACAUCGACUUCGGCGUGUUCCACUCGUACCCGGACUGGUGGACGAAGACGGUCGCGUGGGCCGACCAGUGGAUCCGGGACCACGCGGAGGCGGGCAGGACGGCGGGCAAGCCGGUCGUGCACGAGGAGUACGGGUGGAUGACGCCGGAGGCGAGAGAGCAGAACGGCGUCCCGGCUGCUAAUGCGACGAGAUUGGAGGUUGAGGGGGGUUGGCAGAGAAUUAUGCUUGAGGAGGGCAUGUCUGACAUGUUUUGGCAGUUCGGAUUUUCGGGAUACUCGUAUGGGAGAAAUCAUAACGACGGAUUUACGAUUUACUUGGACGAUGAGGAGGCUCAGGCGCUGGUGUAUGAUCAUGCGAAGGCUGUUAAUAGUCUUUAAGCGGUAUCUGGGUUAUAGCCGCCUAUUGCCAAUACUGCCCCUGAAAACAAGGGAUGAGGGGCACCUACCCAGGUACCCAGUUGUAACAUAGAACAGCAGAUUAACUAUCAAAUUCUAAGAACUGAAUAUGUAGGUACCUAUCUUGAAAUCCAGGAAGUCCUGGAUUUUAGCGCAUUGUCCUCUAUACUAAGGAUUUCGAAGAACGUGCAGUUUCCAUAUGUGCCAAACCCAGAGAGGAAAUGCACACAGGGUUUUCAAUGAAAACCCAAUAAUUAG